AUGACAGAGAUCAAACACAGCGACGAGGCCACCGGUAUGCUAACUGAUCAAGUGAUCAAUGCCGCGCGUGCCAUCAUCGACGCUCAGCUUGACGACCUGAGCCCAUCUCUGCGCACGGACGUCAACAAAGUCAUCCACGACAAUCCAGAGCUUGGAUAUAAGGAAUUUAUCGCCCACGACACACUCGCAUCCUAUCUCGAGGAGCGUGGAUUUAAAGUCACGAGAAAGGCAUAUAAUAUCGACACUAGCUUUGAAGCCGAGGUAGGCAGUGGUGCCCGUCUGGUCGUGUUCUGCGCCGAGUAUGAUGCCCUUCCUGGUAUAGGACACGCCUGCGGUCACAACCUGGUCGCCACGUCGUCUCUGGCCGCUUUCCUGGGAGCUGCCCGCGCAUUGGUAGAUCUGAAGAUCGCAGGGCGUGUGCGCAUUCUUGGUACACCGGCGGAAGAAGGGGGCGGAGGUAAGGUGAAGCUCAUCGAAGCCGGCGCCUUCAGCCCCCCAGAGGAUAUCGCGGGAGCCUUCAUGAUACACCCCAUGUCCAAGGAGUCACUCAAUUUAGGGGACUUUUCCGGACUCGCUGGAUGGAGACUGAUUGCGAGCCAAAAGCUCCGUGUCGAGUUCAAAGGUAAAACGGCGCAUGCGGCCGGUGAUCCAUGGCAUGGUCGUAACGCACUAGACGCAGCCGUGGCAGCCUACAAUAAUGUGGCAUUGCUACGGCAGCAAAUUGAACCGGACGAACGGAUCCACGGCGUCUUUGAGGACGGCGGCGCUGCACCGAACGUCAUCCCAGAGUACACGCGAAUGAACUGGUGCAUUCGAAGUGCCACAACGAAGCGAUCGAACGAACUAUUAGAUCGUGUCAAGAAAUGUUUCGAAGCUGGCGCCGCGGCUGCUGGCUGCGCUACCAGCUAUAUCCCGUCUCCCACAUAUAUGGACCUCCGUGUAAACGAUACGCUUAGUGAAAUAUAUGUAACGGAAAUGGCCGCGCUGGAUGAGAAUAUCAUGACUCGGGAGGCUCAAGCGAAAGCAUUUGGCUCGACGGAUAUGGGCAAUGUAUCCUAUGUGGUCCCCAGCUUCCACGGCGCUUUCGCCAUCCCGGUAUCUUCGGGCGUCGCUUGCCAUAACCCAGAUUUCGCGACAGCGGCUGCAACAGAGGAAGCUCAUACCAUUGCAAUCAAAUCUGCCAAGGGUUUAGCAAUGCUAGCUGUUCGAGUCCUUGUUGAAGAUACCAUUGCUCUAGCCGCGAGGAGGGACUUUGAAACCUGUUAA